GGCGGCGGUUGGAUUUGAAUAGCGAAGCGGCGGCGCCUCAGCCCGAGGUGACCGAGGCGGCGGCGGCGGAGACGGGGGGCAGCGAGGGGGCCCCGCCGGGGAGGAGCGGGGAGGGCCCCGCCCGGCGCAGCAGGAGGACUGUAUUUUAUAGGAGAAGCACAUCCUUCAGAAAUGGACAAUAUCUAUGCAGACCCGAACGUGGAAAAUGACAAUACCGAGCACAUCAGACGGAAGCGACUGUCCUCUAUUUUAAAGGCUCCACGAAAUCCUCUUGAUGAUCUGGGGAACGGGAAUGAAUUGACGCAGGAUAUCAAUAUAGAAAAACGUAAGAAAAACUCCCGCCGUGUCAGCUUUGCGAACACCAUAAACUGCAGAGUCUUCCAGCGAGAUGUCAAGAAUAACACAUCAGAAAGCACAGAGCAUGAAGCAGAUACGGGGAAUGAUGUCCAGCUUAAUCAAACUGAAGAACCUGAAGCUGUUCCCUGUGAGAUCACUGGGAUGGACACUUUGCUUCACGCCCCCAUCCAGGCCUUGGCCCAGCACACUGAGUGGCAUGAUGUGGACAAUGGGAUUCAAAGGACAAAUCGGUUUGACACCACGCUCAUCUUUUCAGGUGAAAACGAAAUGGACAUGACAGCCAGUCACACUGCAGUGAUUGCACGGAACCAGAGAAACAGCCACGCUGACGAGACCGAGAAAAUAGAUAUCACGUCAUUUCUGGCUGGGUUAAACUCUAACAAUGAGAAGGCAGAAACGAGCAAGGAAUUCAAGUUUUUUUCUGACCCUUCGGACCGUCCGUGCCCAUCUUUGGAGCAGAAGGAAGAUGCUACCGCUGCAAGAAAAAUAAAUUUCAAUGAAUUUUUGAUGAGCUUGAACUCAAACAAAAAGGCACCCAGUCCUACUGAGCAACCUGAACAAGAAAAUGUGGGGUUUGUCCCUUCGCAAGUCUCGGAAGACGUGGCACGAUCGGCAGUGGAAUUUGUGUAUUCCCGUGAGCCAGCAGACAGCUGCAACGUAACACAAAUCUUCCGAGGGCAGGACGGUGGGAUGGAAAUGACCAGCUGCCAGACGCCCGCGGCCAGAGCCGGCGCUGGGGAAGCUCCGCCGGAGCUGCCGCCCUGUGCGGGUGUCGCCGAGGCUUUCGCGCCUGCCGCGAGGGACAGGACAGACACUCACCCCCUGAAAACGUCUUUGCCCUUCUCCAGCAGCGCGAAUCAAAGUCCAAACGUCAAAAAGGAUUUCCCAGCCACACAGUCAGAUAAUUCUGUAUUAAAGAGAGCAUCUAAUCAGCACUUAAUUGUUCAGCAGGACACUCAACUUUGUACAGAAAAAAAAACAGUCAAUGUUGAAGACAGGCGAGAUCCUCCCGCGCUGCGAACUGUCAAACAGGAGGCCAGAACAAUUUCCGCCAUCCCAGGAUCCAUUUAUUCUGAGACUGUCUUCCGAGCUGAUAGAACUGUUGUUUUUUCUACAUGUGAUGAGAUGGAAAUCACUGGGAAUUACACAGAUGUAAUCUAUAGUGACAGCACCAAAGAACUGAACAGUUCCUGCCAUAAAGCCUUUGAGAAGCCAGUUAAUACAAACUCUUCACAAGCAGAAACCAGACGUCCUGCACAUGGUGACAGGGACGUGACAAGGAGUCUGCCAUCUUUAGAUAAUCGAGCUUCCCUGUCCUAUAAAAGCACUGCACUUGAACUGGCUUUGGGCUCAGACGAACGAAUCGAAAGAGUGACCCAGGAGCCCAGGACCGCUCCAGUGAACGCUGGGUUUGAUUCACAUACAAAUUCAAUGUCUGCUGAUGUUUCCAAGGGUGGAGUUCAGCACCGACCGGCAAACUCUCAGCGUGUUUCUCUGCCAGGUGAGAAGACGGUGAUAUUCUCGGAAGAUAUGGACUUGACUACAGCCUGGCUUGUCAAGGACAGUGGGAAGAAUGCAGAAAACGAAUCUGCUGGAAUGUUCACCUCUGUCACCUGCAAAGCUCAUUUCCUUGGUGACAGAUCUACUUGUCCCACUUCAAAUGAACAGGAAGAAAUGGAAGUAACGAAAUGCCAUGCUGUUGUCAUCGAUGAUCAAAGCAACAGGAUGACUGCAGAAGCAAAACAAGUGCAUUGUCAAAUAAUUUCAAGAAAGAACCAGAACAAAAAUAUCAGCGAAAGUGCAAAUUCUUUAGAUAUGGACAAGGAGAAUCUUGAGGUGACCAGUAUUGGUGGGAAUGUUAAAAGAAACCAGGCUAUAGAAAUGACUACUACAGAUCUUGAGAGGAUAAUGGUUGAUAAGAAGCUUGGAAAAACAAGCUCUCAGGCAAGUGGUCCCAGUUCCUGUGCAAAGAGCGUGUGGUCAUUACCAGAGCAAAGGAGAAGAGUCCCUGAGAAUAGUGUCACCGACACCAGUGCAGUCGUGUCUUUGCGAAGUCAAAGAGUUGUUGUGUCUCAGCCUUUGGGAAAGAGCCUUCUAAAUGCUUCAGUUUCCUGCACAAAUGACAAAACGUGUGGAUUUUCAGAUGAUGAAAACAUGGACGUAACCAAAACUCAUCCUGCUGCCCUUGAUGUUGCUCCUAUUCAUAUAGCACAAGAAUGCGAGAAUAAUCAUAAUCAAAAUAAUGUGAUAUCCGAGCAGCUGCAACACCAGACCUUGCUGUUUGCCCAUAGUUCUGGGGCAGACAUCACAGGUCAGACCACAGCAAUGGAACACGGGGAUUUGAAAACAAGCAUGAAUAAGCAAGCUGUUACUCCUUUGGCUCCAAGAGGUUCAUUUAUUUCCAGCAGUGAGCCUGCUCCCUCUGGAACGAGAGGAAACGAACCCCCUGGAACACUAUUAGGAAUAAAUGCAGAUUGCCCAAUCCCAGCCAGGCAAGAGAAAACCCAUCCUACGAAGGCAGCAACCAAAGGAUUGGCAACUCGUGUAGGUUCUGAGGGAGACUUGAGAAAUCCUCCCCCGGCUGCUGGCCUGCGCCCAGCGGGGAGUGAAGAGCUGUUCCUGGCCAGGACGGCUGAGCCACAGAGGGGAAGGGCCCAGUUGCCUUCGUUUUUGGAAAAGUCCGUUGUGUUUCCCUCUGGUGAAAACAUGGACUUGACUGGAAACUGUGCGGUAAUGGCUCCUGAUCUCAACACCAACCCUGUCUUAUCAGAAAGAAAAGCAGUACCUGGAUACCUUGUUGAAGAGGAAAAUAAAACAAUGUCCUUAAAAAAAGGGGUCACGAUGACAAUAAAUCCUCAGGAGCAGUCUGAUAGGUACUCCUUGGUAUCUGGCCAGAAAAUGUUAAUCAUGACUGGUUUAGAACAGGUGCCUUUUGCAGGUGAGCAAACUACCAUAUUUUCAGAAGACGCUGAUAUGGACAUCACCAGGAGUCAUCAGGUUUCAGCAGGCAACAAAAUAAUUUUGCAGAGUAAAAGUUUGACUGAUGAAAUAUCCUUAGUGUCUGGAGAUAAAACUUGUGUUUUUACCUGCAAUAAUGACAUGGAAAUAAGUAGACUUGAUACUACUGCAACUGAUAAAUCUACGGAAAGGGCUGCAUCUCAAGGGAUGCUUAACGUGGCUAAAAGGCCGGCAAGGAAAAGCUUGAAGGGAGCAACCGGGGAAAAGACUGUUGUAUUUUCGCUGAGUGAUGAUAAUAACGACAUGGAGAUCACAGCGAGCCACACGGCCGCAAUAGGCCAUGAAAUUGUCUCGCAAAAUGAGGGAGGGCGUCAUCCCGCCUCCUCAGCGCAUCCUGCUCAGACGCUUCUGUUCACGAGCAGCCAGGCUGACAUGGACAUCACCAGGUCUUGCUCUGCUGAUAAAAUUACCAUAAAAGUUGUAUGUGAUGCUAAACCAGACUCUGGUAAGGAGGCUGGAGAGCAAGCACCUUCAAAUAGCGAAGUUACUGUGUUUGCUGUGGAUGACAUGGAAAUCACUAAAGCCCAUAACGUAGCUUUGGAAGAAAAUCCUCUGCAAAGUCGGCAGCUCAGCCAGGUUGCUCCUGUCGCUGCCUCGGGGACGUUCACGCCGUACCAGGCUGAUGCGGACACGACUGAGUCUCGCCCUGUUGAGAGAGUCUUAUGUGAGGACAGAUUAAACCUGGCUCAGCAGGUGGGGCAGGAGGCUGCUGCAGAGAGCAAAACCAUCCUUUUUGCUUUGGCUGAGGAUAUGGACAUCACUAAAACUCACACAGCUCUAGUACGUGGUAAAGUGGGUGGACAGGACAGAGGUCCUGCUGAUAAAACCAUUGUGUUUCCCCAUAACCAAGAUGAUAUGGAAAUAACUGCAUCUCAUACCGCUGCUGUUAAUGACGGAUUUGAGAACCAAGACGUGCCACACACAAGCACUCAGCAGCCAAACCUGCACAGAGCCUUGUCUUCUUGUAGAGAUGAAGUCGAUUCCUUGCAUAUGAAAGACCCGAAUGGUGAAUAUCAGACAAAAUCCCAGGAUAAGCCUGGCGUUCCCUCUCCUGCUUUGUCAGCGACAGCAUUUCCUAGCGGGAAAGGAGCUGUUGAAGUCCCCAGCGGCACACCACCAGAUCCCAUUUGUUCGGUCUCCCGUGCAGGAGAGACUGUGGCUGUGCCGGCACCACAGGAUGUCCCCCUGCCCACAGAUGACACGGUCCUUGGGAGCGGGCAGCAGCGUCUCGCACCUCCAGAAAACCCCAAAUCACAGCGAGUGCCCCUCCAGCUUCCUAGUUCCGGGCCUGUGGGUUGCAGUGAGGAAAGUGGGGAGGUGGUAUCCUGUGCUUUACCCCCAGUCCAGCAACCAGGUUCUCCAGCUGCAUGUAGUACUCAGAGAAACCAAGUACUGAAAGUUGAUUCAGCUGGACAGGAAGGUUUAGGUCCAGAUUUAGGCUUGGCUGCAACAAACCUCGUUCGGGUUUCUAACACGGAAUCAAAGGAAAAUGAGGGGCUGUCAGCUGAAGGGGAGACACCUCCAAAAGACUUUCAAAUAAACUCUGAACAAAAUGAGCAACUUCUGGUCCGUGACAGUCCGGGAGAUCAAAUAGAUCCCACUCUUGCACCGAAACGAUCAGGUAUUUUCAAUAUUUGUUCAAAACUGGAAAAUAUCAGAAGGAAAUCCGCAGUUCUCUCUGUUUCUGAAACUGCUUGUUCUGACCAGCUGCCCAGAUCAUCAGCUCAGCCAGAGGAUACCUUGAGGUUGGGAAAAAACACUGGAAAUGAUCCAAAUAAUUCAUUUCCUACCAGAGAGCAGGAGGACGCGCGCCUUGAAUCUGGAGCUGCUCCCGUAGGUGCAAAUUUAGGCAUGGCACUUAAGGAUAAAUACCAAGGACUAAGUGUCCCUCUAGGUGUCUUCCAGCCUAAAUUACCAAACAGAAGAAAUCCUUCUGUUUCUAGUGUUCAAGACGUAAACGCAAAACCUUCAGACAAAGGAGAAGCACCAGUUUCAGAAAUAAGUGGAAACGCUGGUGAAACCCCAGGUAACCAGAAGUCCAGCAGGCAGAUUUGCAGCCCUUCCCAGUUCAUCGCAGAGGAACUUCUUCCUGUCUUCCCAGAAGAAAUGGAUUCAAACGAAUCUGUGAGCUCGGAAUUUGUGGAAAAUGCUUGCACUGAGAUAAGCAAAAACCAAAACUCCCACAAUGAGAAGAAUCAAAUUGAAGAGUCAAAAACUUGCAACAACACAAAAAGAGCUGCGGAACAAGAUGAGGAGGAUGUUCAAAGUCCAAAGAAGCUCAGGAGGGAUGAAACCUCGGCUGGUGAGGCCUCCCGAGACUUGCAGGUGACUUUUGGCGCUGUGUCUCAAAGCCGGGUAGACGUCGAUGAAGGUGACGACCCUGCCAAGAUGUUGGUGAAGAGCCUCGAGUGCACUCAGGCCAGCAGCAGCAGCAGCAGCUCUCUGGACUGGGCCAGGGCUGAGGCAGAACUCACAAGUCAGCGAAGCAGUCAGAUGGAGCCUCAGCUCCUCACUGACAGCAUCUGUGAGGAUACCUUGUGGGAGAAAUUUCAGAAUGGUGAUAUCACAGUUAGGGAGUUUUUUACGCUUGUUCAAGUCCAUGUUCCGAUUCAGAAGCCCCGGCACAGCCAUCUUCCUGCCACCUGCGCAGUCCCUGCCCCACCGAGCGCAGAAGAUCUCCUGUACAGCCAGCACGUCCAUCGCCCCAAGCUGCGCAUUUAUGAAGACGACUGCCAGGCCCUGUUGCAGAUGAUAGAUGAGUUAAAACCGUGUGUAGAUGUCCAGGAUCAGCUCCUGGUGAACGUGAACAAGAGUUUGUGGGAAGUAAUGAGAAGCUGCUCGGAUGAGGAGCUGAAGAGCUUUGGGGCAGAACUGAACAAAAUGAAAUCCUGUUUCACCAAGGAGAGUAAGAUCUUGGCUCACAAGGAGAAGGCGACGCUGUACAGCAAACUGCUGCAGAGCGCGCAGGACCAAUACGGCGAGCUGCAGUCCAGAGCGGAGCGCAUGGAUGAACUGAUCCAGGAGGCGCAGAGCUGUCUCCUUGCUCUGGGCGCAGAUUCAGACCGGGAAGAACAGGAAACAGACUGCAGUGAUGAAAUGCCGCAAGUGAAAAACCUGGAGGAAGAACUGGAAAGCCUCAAAGCUGAAGAAGAGGAACUUCAAAGAGAACUGGCAGAGCUGGAGACUGAGAACGAGCAAAUGCUUGUGCAGAUGAACCAGCUCCAGGAACAAGAAAAAAGCUUCCGGGAGCUCCUGGAGAAAUACGACUUCACCGAGUGGGAGAUCACCGAAUGGAGCGAACAGCAGGCGGUCUUCAGUUUUCUUUAUGAUUCUAUUGAACUCACGGUUGUGUUCGGACCCCCCAUAGAUGGUGAUGUUUUCGGUGAAGACCCUUCCAGAAGGAUAGUUAGCCUGACCUUUGAGUCUCUCCUGGAUGAGGAAAGAGCUCCACCCUCCUCGUGCUUGGUGCAAAGGCUCAUCUUCCAGUUUAUCCAGAGCCAGGGCUGCUGGCAGGAAAAGUGUCCCACGCUGCGCUGCCUGCCCCAGGUCCUUGGUGAGGUCUCUUUGGUGGUGAGUCACUGCAAGACCUUGGGAGAGGAGAUCGAGUUUCUGCAGAGAUGGGGUGGCAAGUUUAACCUUUUGAAGACAGACGUCAACGACACCGAAGUGAAGCUUCUGUUCUCCACUUCUGCAGCCUUUGCCAAGUUUGAGUUGACCCUGUCUCUAUCUGCCGGCUACCCAUCGGCCGCCCUGCCCUUCGCUGUCCGAAAACAAAUUGGGAAUAUCGGGGAGGAGCAGAUCUCUGCUGUUCUCUCCAGCGUGCCCAGCGGGUACCACUAUCUGCGGAGAAUCGUCAGCUUGAUUCAUCAGAAUUUGCUGCAGGCUCCCUCGUGAUGCAGGGCUGAAGAAGUCAGGCUGCACAUCUUUGGAUCUCAGCCUCGUAAGAGUUGCGGCUGUUCCCCACUAGAACAGGAGUGCUGUUAGCGACUCGGCCCUUCAGCCGUCUUCUUCAUAACUGCUUCAUAUCCAGGGUGUCUGGUGUAGGCCGCAAGUUCUUAGAAGGGCAGAUGUCUCUAAAGAGGAGAGAGACUAAUUCCUUAUGUAUUUAUAAACCAAACUUGCCUUUAUCUUCUUUCAGUCACUGGUGCUCUUGGUCUCCUUGUCCAGUCUUUCCUAGUAUGGAUAUUCUUCUGAGGUAGCACGUUAAUUUUGUUCUGGGUUGAUUUACAGAGCUCUUGUAUAAAACAAUGACGAGUAUUUUCUAAAUUAACGUGACUGGAACUGACUUUCGCCGUCAUUGCUUACCCUACUGUGUAGCAUUUUAAGAUAUCACAUCACGUCUGACCUUUAUCAGUUUCGUGGAACCCCUCCCAAAGCACAGCGACUCUGCUCCUGCCUCUGAUGAGCCAGGGAACCUGUCAUAAUUAACCAGGGAAGCUGUUGUCAUUAACCGGGUGGCCGAGGCCAGAAAUCCUUUUGUUGUGAAGAUGAACGAUCCCCGUGCUUGGCAACAGACUCUGUGGUGUGAGAGGCCAGAGCCGCCGGGCUCCCCGGGCGAUCCUCUCCAACCGGACCUUUGUUCAGAUAUCCUGCGUCUUUGUCCCGUACACUCCGCCUCUUGGUUCUGGUGCCUUGUCUGGGUUUGUAAUGCAAUAGAAUUUAUUGAGGAGGCUGAGCUGGUUAAACUGAGGCGGGCUGUGCGACGUGGUUGGCGCGGCCGUGGUUGGGUGCGUGUAUCUGGUGUAUAUUGUGUGGGUUCAGCCGUUGGAACUGGUCCAGCCCCGGUGCUGUUUGUGGUGCAGGUGCCCACCGCUGCCCCGCUGUCCAGCCGCAGGCAGACGCAAAUUUCUGUAUCUCUGUAAAAUAUGUUGAGUUUUUUAAAUGUUCUCGUGUGUUUACGUGUUUAUAGUUUUAGUCUUUUUACAAGUUUUUCCUUCGAUUUGGAAGGUCAAAGUUCAUUAAACAUUUUGAUUAUUGUUCUUCCUCA